AUGGAUAUUAAAUCCAGCAAUGUAAUUCUUGAUUCCAACUUCAAUGCUAAACUAGGGGAUUUUGGACUGGCUAGGCUCGUAGAUAAUGAGAGAGGGUCACAAACAACUAAUGUAGCUGGUGCCAUGGGGGGAAGGCUAGUGGAAGGGGAGAAAGGGACACAAACAACCAAUGUAGCUGGAACCAAGGGAUACAUGGCACAUGAAUAUGUUAUUACUGGGAAGGCUAGCAAAGAAUCUGAUGUCUAUAGUUUUGGAAUUGUUCUCUUAGAAAUUUCUUGUGGGAGAAAGGCCGUUGAGAGGACAGUUAACCCAAGUGAAAAAAGUUUGGUACAAUGGGUUUGGGAACUCUACGGAAGAGGAAAACAGCUGGAAGCAGCUGACCCAAGUGAUGCUAUGGAUUUGGACAAGCAACAAAUAGGGUGCAUGAUUGUUGUUGGGCUGUGGUGUUCUCAACAAGAUUCCGAUCUCCGGCCUUCUAUUGGGCAAGCUAUUAAUGUUCUCAAAUUUGAUGCUCCACUGCCCAUUCUCCCAUAUCGGAGGGUGCUUGUUUCUUCUCCAUUCAACAUGAAUAAAUUCUCGAUUACAUCAACGCAUGGUUCUUCAGAAUGUAAUACAAGUAAUAAACAACGUUCGUCCGGCAGCAACGCCACUGAUUUCUGUGUUUUAAACAAAUCAUCUCCUUCAUCUUCUCCCUCGGCAUACCUCUUGAUGUCUUCCAGAAAGGGCAAGGAGACUACCUCCUCCUCCAAGAGGAGGAAGACCACUACCUCCCGGGCAAGGAAUGCUACCCUCGGUUCUUCUUCAUCAUGGGCUCGGCCUGUAAGGAACCCUCCUGUCGAUCCGAUAGAUUUUGAUGGAAGUUUGUUCCACAAUACUGAGGCAGCCGUUGCCUGGUCCAUCUUCUCUACAAGGUCGAUCAUGAUGGAGAAGACCAUCGUGACCGACGACUUUAGUGCCUAUCACAUGUUGGAGAGAUUCACAACAUUGGGUUGGCAAUCCAUACUCCACCCUGACAGCCCAUGCCACGAGGACUUUGUUUGGUACUUCUAUUGUAAUUUGGAGGUCUCUUUUAGGGAUGGGGAGUACUCCCUUACUAGUCUGGUGAAGGGGGUAGACAUUAUUUUGAUGGUGGAUUUAUUGGCGGCAAUUCUGGGUAUCUCGGCUGAGGGUGCCCAUUUCUACAAUCCCCCACGGAUCAAGGCUGUGGGUAUGGGUUUGAGCAUCAAGAUGCAAGAGAGCAUCUUUGAGACCUGA